AUGACGAAGGUAAAAAUAAAGAAAAAAUUCAAGCACAGCGGGACGCUUGAAGAAGACUUAAAAAACAGUGUAGUCACAAAGAAUAAAAUAUUUAAAAAAAAAAAAAAGGGAAAUAAGGCAAGUGAAAAGAGAACAAAAAAAAAAAGAAAAGACGAUGUUCAAAGAAUUUUGAAUCUGGCGAAUAGGCAAAAUGAGGAGGAUCUGGAGUAUUCAGACUAUGGCAAUAGUAUCAGUGGUGACGAUCUGGAUGGUGGCCGAUUAAAACAGGUGGAUAAGUUCCUCCAGUUUGAUGACGACAUCGGAGGGGAGGAGGGAGUCGACGAUGAUGUAUCAGAUCGGGAAAAUUUGAUGGCGAACAAAAUGGUGUUUUCUGCCGAGCAGAUUAGCCAUAACGAGAAAAACCAGAUGGAUGAAUCUAAUGACAUUUUGGAUGAUCUUGAUGUGAAAAUAAAUCCCCACGGGAUUGAAAGAGGAGCCAAAUUGGACAAGGGGAAGGACGUCAAAGCUGAGCCAUCCGAACAGGAAAAGCUCGACGCGCUGGUCCAAAAGUGCUACGAAACGAUCGGAGAAGAACUGGCCCACUACAAGAAGGGCAAGUUACACAGGGCGCUAACCGUUCUGGUCAAAUCGCCCAGAUGGUUCGACCUGCUCCUUCUGACGAAGCCGAAAAGGUGGACCACUCAGGCGACCUUUGAAGUUACUAGAAUUUUCUCAUCAGGAUUGAGGGAAAAGGAAGUGGCCCUGUACUACGAGUUUAUUCUACUGCCCAUAAUUCUGGACAAUAUCGAGAGGAAGAAGAAGCUAGAAACGUUUCUGUACAAAACGUUGAUUAAGGCUUUGUACAAAUCGAAGGCCUGGAUGAGGGGGAUGCUGUACCCCCUGCUGCGUCGGGAGUGCACCAAGAAGGAACUAGCCAUUUUCGGAAGUGUCGUCCAGAAAAUGAGCAUCUCGAUAAAUUCAGUAACGCAGUGCUUGCAGGAAAUUUUUACCUUUCCGUGGAACUCAAACAUUUCCCACUUCUUAUGUCUUUUUUUUAACAAAAAAUAUGGAUUCUCCAAAGAGUUUAUCGAAAAGUGUGUAGACUACUUCGUCUCAUUUUUGAACAAUCCUGACGUAUUGACAGUGAACUGGCACACCUCGCUGCUGCUGCUCGUACAGAAUUAUAGAGCCUUGAUGGGAGAUGAAGAAAUUGAGAAACUGCGCAUCCUGGUGAUGAAGAAAAAUCACCCCAAAUUUUCUAGCGAAAUUUUCAAGAGAAUGUACUCACCCACCUCACUGAUGAACAAAAUAAAAGAUUUGGCGACAGACCCGAGUGAAGAUAUGGUGUAA